AUGUGUUCGAACGGUGUGGGAGUGAAGUUAAGAUGGCGGGGGGCAUCGGUCAAGGUGGCGGUAAGGGCGCCCUUUAACUCCAGAGAGACCAACCGCAACGCUCGCUGUAUCAUCCAGAUGAAGGACAACACUACCUGUAUCUCCAACCCCAAACAACCCAAAGAUGGAGCGAAGAACUUCACGUUUGACUAUUCCUAUUGGUCCCACACUACGGUGGAAGAGCCAGAUUUUGUGUCUCAGGAGCAGGUCUACAAGGACAUCGGGGAAGAGAUGCUGCUGCAUGCCUUCGAAGGAUACAACGUGUGUAUCUUUGCGUAUGGUCAGACGGGAGGAGGGAAGAGCUACACUAUGAUGGGCAGACAGGAGCCCGGACAAGAAGGAAUCAUACCUCAGAUGUGUGAAGAUUUAUUCAGACGAACCGGAGAAAAUACCGACCCAGACCUCCAGUACUCUGUAGAGGUGUCCUACAUGGAGAUCUACUGUGAGCGUGUGCGCGACCUGCUCAACCCCUCCAACCCGUACCCCAACCCCAACCCGGACCCCUCGUCCCGGGGCAGCCUGCGGGUCCGGGAGCACCCCAUCCUGGGGCCCUACGUAGAGGACCUCUCCAAGCUGGCCGUCACCUGCUUCUCCGACGUCCAUGAGCUGAUGGACGCCGGCAACCAGGCUAGGACAGUAGCAGCCACCAACAUGAAUGAGACGUCGUCCCGGUCCCACGCAGUGUUCACCAUCGUCUUCACGCAGCGACGAAGAGACCAGAUGACUGGCCUUGACACUGAGAAGGUUAGUAAGAUCAGUCUGGUAGACCUAGCAGGAAGUGAGAGGGCCGACUCCUCUGGGGCGAAGGGCACCAGAUUAAAGGAAGGAGCAAAUAUCAACAAAUCUCUAACCACACUGGGGAAGGUGAUAUCAGCUCUGGCUGAGAUGACGCAGGGGUGUAAGAAGAGGAAAAGUGACUUCAUUCCCUACAGGGACUCAGUCCUUACCUGGCUACUUAAGGAAAACCUGGGAGGUAACUCGCGUACCGCCAUGAUCGCUGCUCUCAGUCCGGCGGACAUCAACUAUGAGGAGACCCUGAGCACCCUGAGGUAUGCCGACCGAGCCAAACAGAUCCGUUGUAACGCGGUCAUCAAUGAGGACCCCAAUGCCAAACUGAUCAGAGAGUUGAAGGAGGAGGUGACGCGCCUGAGAGACCUCUUGUUCUCUCAGGGAUUACAUGAGCUGCUGCAACAAACCGCUCUAGAGGUAGCCAAUAGCUGUGCAGCAUCUGUUGAGGGGGGAUCUCCAAUCCCUCCUCUGUCUCUUUCGGCCAAUGGCCUUCCAGCUAGACGUAGCCACGCCUCCUCAGGGGACUCUGACUCUAAAGGGGAUGACCUCUUGGAUAACGAUCACAUGACUGAAGAGGGGGAGGACGGAGACGAGGGGGAGGAGCCUAUCACCCAGACCAUCAGCAAGGAGGAGGCGGCCGAGAGACUACUUGAAACAGAGAAGAUAAUUGCAGAGUUGAAUGAAACUUGGGAGGAGAAGUUGAGGAAAACAGAAUCCAUCAGAUUCGAGAGAGAGACUCUCUUGGCAGAGAUGGGUGUUUCCAUUAAAGAAGAUGGAGGAACUCUAGGAGUCUUUUCACCUAAGGGGACUCCUCACCUGGUCAACCUCAACGAAGACCCACUGAUGUCUGAAUGUCUGCUAUACUACAUCAAAGAGGGAGUCACCAGGGUAGGCCAGCAGGAUGUGGAUAUUAAACUGUCUGGUCAGUGUAUCAAGGAGAUCCACUGUGUGUUCAUCAGCGAGACCAACGACCAGGGAGAGGUGGUGGUGACGCUAGAGCCCCUGGUGGGAGCGAUCGGACCGUUGAACUACUGAGUCCAUGAACGUCCCUCUCUCCAAGGUUACCGCAUCGUGAUGGGGAAGAACCACGUGUUCCGGUUCACGCACCCGGAACAGGCCCGUCUGGAGCGGGAGCGCAGCGCCUCGGCCGAGCAGCAGGAGGAGCCCGGGGACUGGAACUACGCCCAGAGAGAGCUGCUGGAGAAGCAGGGCAUCGACAUCAAGCUGGAGAUGGAGAAGAGGCUGCAGGACAUGGAGAUACAGUACCGCAAAGAGAAGGAGGAGGCUGACCUGCUGCUGGAGCAACAGCGACUGUAUGCAGAUAGUGACAGUGGAGACGACUCGGACAAGCGUUCGUGUGAAGAGACCUGGAGACUGAUCUCCUCCCUGAGGGAGAAACUACCUGCUAACAACGUCCAGUCCAUAGUGAAGAGGUGCGGCCUGCCCAGCAGCGGGAAGAGGAGGGAGCCCCUCAGAGUGUACCAGAUCCCCCAGCGCCGUCGCAUCAGCAAGGACCCCAAGAGAGUCACCAUAGAAGACCUGCGCAUGCAGGCAGUCAAAGAGAUCUGCUACGAGGUGGCCCUGGGAGACUUCCGCCACUCGCGGCAGGAGAUGGAGGCUCUGUCCGUGGUGAAGAUGAAGGAGCUGUGCCGGAUGUACACCAAGAAGGACCCCGGGGAGAGGGACAGCUGGAGGGCCGUGGCCCAGGACGUGUGGGACACGGUGGGCAUCGGGGACGAGAGGAGCUCCCCGGCCGAGGACGCAGGAGAGGGAGGAGGAGGAGGAGAGGGAGAGGGGGGAGGAGGAGGAGGAGGAGGAGGAGGAGGAGGAGGAGGAGACAAGGGAGGAGGAGGAGGAGGGGGAGACAAGGGAGGAGGAGUCUACGACCUGAAAGCUCACAUCGACAAACUCACCGACAUCCUCCAGGAGGUGAAGCUGCAGAAUAACCAGAAGGAUGAGGAGAUCAAAUCCCUCAGAGACAGAAUGGUGAAGAUGGAGAGUGUAAUACCUGUGCAGGACGAUGAUCAAAGCGGGGAGGAGGGGGGCGUGUCCUCGGAGGAGAAUGGGGGCGGGACCGAGAGCGAGGCCAGCCCCAGCCCUCAGCCCCAGGUGAGGGUGGGCCGUCUGAUGGACGACGACCCCGCCUUCAGGAGAGGGCGCCUCCGCUGGCUGAAGGUGGAACAGCAGCGCAUCCUCAGCCUGCAGAAGCUGCGCAGCGGCCAGGGUCCCAGCCCGGUGGGGGUCCCGGCGGGGGUCCCUGCGGGGGUCCCGGUGGUCCACCUCCCCGGGACAGGUCGCUUCAUCCCCCCUCAGGAUUGUAAACUCAAGUUCCCCUUCAAGAGUAACCCCGCCCACCGGUUGUCAUGGGGACCGGCCAGCAUGGCCCUGCUGGGGCUGGAGGGGGGGCUGGAGGGCUUCUCCCAGUCCCCGCCCCCGACCUACACGACUCCGCCCCCUCCCCCCCCCCGGAUGCGUUCGCCCAGCCCCCAGCGCGCCUGGCAACAGCGGGGCCAGCCCUUCAGCCAGGGGAACCCGGGGAACCACAAUCACCACGGCAACAACAACAACAACAACCAGAGGCGUUACCGCCGCAACUCCCUGGACAGCUCUCCGCACGGCAACCAUCACCCCGGCAACGGCCAGCAUCACGGCGGCCAGGGUGGUCACCAGGGCAACCAGGGCGGUCACCAGGGUAACCAGGGCGGGGGGGGGCACCAGGGGCGACAGAGACAGAGGAGGGGGUGUUCCCCGGGCCCCGGGGGGGAGAAGGGGGGAGGAGUCGGGAGGGGAGGCUAUCAGCCCAACCAUCACUACCACCACCCCUACUACAACCCCCAGAAUGCACCAUUCCAGCCAGGCCCCCCCCUCCCAUCCUAUCACAGCCUGCCUCGGCCCAGGGGGGCGGGGCCUGGUGGGGUGGUGCCCGGUAUGAUGGGGCCCACGUGGUUCAAUACCCCCCCCCCCAGGAUGAGACGACAGAACAGCGCCCCGGACCUCAAGACCAGUAACAACCCCAGUAACCACGAUGACCAGUAACCACGACAAGCAGUAACCACAGGUAACCACGACGACCAGCAACCACGAUAAACACUAACCCAGAUGACCGGGAACUACAACGACACAGCCAGCUGAACCAAUCACAGCCAAGGAAUCAUCACACUACACCCAGCCGAACCAAUCAGUAACCAGGACAUACCCACUCGGAAUAUACAGUAAUGAUGUAGGAGUUAGCUAUGAAGAAAAGUGUGUGUGUGUGUGUGUUGUGUGUGCGUGCGUGUGUAUGUGUGUGUGUGUGUGUGUGUUGAAAGUAGGCCUACUCAUUGCCUCUACAACACAGGUUAUUUUAAGUGUAUUUUAAUAUUUUGGGAUGGAGGAUUCUAAUUGAAGUAUGAGUGGAAGUAUGCAAACAAAUGUAUACGUUUGACGCUCUCUGAUGCUUUUUUUGAACCUGUGGAAAAGUUUAGUAGGUUUUAAAAAUCAAUGAAUCUGUUCAACAUUUCGCAUUUAUAUUCCUACACCUGCAAAUCAGUUUUUCAAAAGUGCAAUUCCUUCUUUAUUCUUUUUGCAUGUGUACAAUAUUUGUUAUGCAACUACAAAACACUAGACCACAAAAAAAUGUUGUCACACAUAAAGCUUUGUUAUACAGUCAAUUUCAAAGCUUUUCCACAGUUUGGAAAAAGGUUUCUGAUAAACGAAGGUGUUUGGUUUUGUUAGUUUAAGAGGGUCUGAUAAAUAUAUUAGAAUAACACAAAAAACAAACAUAAAACAACUUUAAUAGAAUUUGCUUCUUGAGUGGGACAGAAAUUGGGGAAAGUGUAUGGGCUACGACAGUUGUUUAUGUUUUGAUAUCAGACAUCUUGUUUUCACUUUAUGGGAGUAGUUGUAAUAGCGGUUAGAGGCUUUGGGCUAACGUAGAGCGCUACCGUGUAGCUUACGUGCUAUGCUACACGUAAAAGACAACAGUACACUGGCCCCUUUUGCUAGCCACCGUCACACAUGGAGCUAGCGAGUCGCUAGCUGUGAAAACCAAAACCCAGUGUACUGCUGCCUUGAUUCACCUGCUAUGCUGCAGUCAUGCUAUUUCUAACAUGCUACGCUAUAGCUCGUCUGUCAUGAUUUAGCUCGCCUGUCAUGCUCUAGCUCACCUGUCAUCCUAAGCUAACCUGUUAUGCUAUAGCUAACCUGUUAUGCUAUCGCUAACCUGUUAUGCUACAGCCAGGGCCUUCCCUUAUGAGCUGAGCGUAUGUUAUGCUGUAGUUGAGUGAUUAGGACAAACCAAAGAUGUCUGGCCUCCGGCGCCACCACUAGUGUACAUAAAGAAAAGAGUUGAGAUAUAUAGCUCUGCUAUUAGGUGGACCGUUGGGAAUGCUAGAUGUGUAUAUAACGUGGAUUUGUGUGUAUAUUUGAAGUGAUGACAAUAUAUGAGCAGAAUAUGACCGAUGCUUCCUAUCCUUAGUCACAUGAUGGGGAGGGAGGGGCUAAAAGACACACGAUGCUGGACUUAUAAAUGACCUACACCAGGCUACUGCAAGGCCUUGUGUGGGCCUAUGUUACCAAGGAGAUAUGGGAGGUUAAAGAACAGAUGUAGGGAGGGAUACAUUACCAUAGCAAAGUCCCUGAAGGAUGGAGGGUAAGGAAGGAGUGAACGAUAUAAGGACAGAUAUAUAAGGGUCAGAGGACACGAGGAAAGAGAAGGAACAAUAAAGGUGCUGCAGGUUUGAAGCGCUAAGCGCCAAAGCUUUUCUUAUUGGCUGUUGUGUUCCUGUUGCCAAGCAACACUUGCACUCCCAGACCCCCCACUCGGCACACGGAGCAAAGGAUUGUGGGAGUAGGAUUGUUUGACUUUUGGCCUUUACUCAGGAAGAGCCGGGGAAACACUGCCUGUAGCAUUGGAGUUGCGAUGACAUGAAUGAAGAAGAGGAGACUAGGAAGUGGAUUUGAUUGGCUGCCAGAAGCCUGCUGCCAUCUUGAGGGUUGCCGCUGGCACUCAAGGGAAAAUGCUGUUUUUUUUUUUUCUGGUUUGACUUUUGGGAUAGACCUUUUGUGUUUUUCAUCUUGUGCGUUUGAUUAGCCAACGGUUUGUGUGCUUCCUUUAUUGAUUGGCUGAUUUGUCUGCUUCCUGUUUUGAUUGGCUGAUGGUUUGUCUGCUGCCUGUUUUGAUUGGCUAAUGGUUUGGGUGCUUUCUUUUUUGUAACCCAGCCUUUCGUAUAUAUUUUACUGUCCUCAAGUCUUUCAAUAUUUUGCAUAUUUUAGUUCUCCUUAAUAUCUGGCUCUCACAGCUGCUGAAGAGGGCUUGUGUGUAUGUGUGUGUGUGUGUGUGUGUGUGUGUGUGUGUGUGUGUUUGAGAGAGAUAGAAAAAGUGUAUAUGAAUGCCAUUGUGUAUGCGUGUGUGUGUUUGUGUGUGUGUGUGCGUGUGUAGGUGUGGUUUAAAAGUCUGUGGGUUGGUUUAGAGAAACUUUAUUAACUGUUAUGUUCAUUUGAUGUUGUGAUGGGGGCGGGGCUAGUACAAGCAGACCGUACUGAUUGGCUUGCCCUGUUCAAAGCCCAUCCCAGCAAGCCGUUACCAUGGAGACACAGUUUGGUACUGUGUGGCGGGAGGAAACCAAUCAGGAGAUGAGCUCGCUGUUAAGCCACGCCUCCCCUAGCGGUCCUCUGAUCCAAUUGGCCAGGCUAUCUUUCUGUUUGUUUUCGUUUUUUGAUCCAAACUGUACCCGAAACACUACGGUAAUAAAUAAAACCUUAUAAAACCUC